CACACACUCACACACCACGAAGGCUAGUGCAGACAAUUCCAACUGAAGACACGGAUCUGAGACAGAGAGAGAGAGAGAGAGAGAUCAGGAUGGGUGUUACAGGAGAAAUGAAGGAGGACGAGGCUGCGUAAGACAGCUGAGAGACACUGAAAGAUAAACCGAGGGUGGAGAGGACAGACAGCACAGCAGUUUUGUGACCGAGAAGGAGAGAGGGAGAACUAGAAGAAAAACUGUGCAGAUAAAGUGCUUGUGAUGUUGCGUGGGGAAGAUGCAGAAUAUCAGCGGCGCUAUCACACUCUGGGCAGUAACACACGCCGCCUCUCCAACCCCGACAUGGAGGCCUUCGCUAAACUCCACAAGAGCAGCGACAUGGAGCAUCAGAGGAACAAAUACCCUCCGCAACACGCAGCUACGCUGGUCAACACUAACUGUGCUCGGCAGCAGCAGCAACCACAUUACUGGAGUUUCAAGGCCAGGACUCCACGGGGCCCAGCGGGGCUCCAGCAACAGGCGCUGGGCGAGCAGGCAGGAGGGCGACUCUGUUAUGCGUCUGCGGAGAGUUUGGAAAGCAUGGCCGACGCUGAGCUUCCGCUGGGCUUCAGUCGCUCCAACAUCCUCAGACAGAGUCUUCCACUGGCUCGAUCGCCCAGCCAAGCCAAACUAAGAGCACCAGCGGUGUUGUUUUUGCAGUUUGGUGACGAGACGCGGCGGGUGCACAUCACUCAUGAGCUGACCAGCAUGGAGACGCUUCACGCGCUCAUCGUGCACAUGUUCCCGCAGAAACUGACGAUGGGCGCGUUGCGUUCGCCCGGCACGGCUCUCCUCAUCAAGGACGAGGCGCGCAACAUCUUCUACGAGCUGGAGGACCCUCGUGACAUUCACGACCGCUGCCUCAUCAAGAUCUACUGCAGAGAAGCUCCGAUACGAGACACACACUACAACACACAGCACGCAGCCCACCCCGUACACCACACACACAUCGCCAACGGAGACCUGCGGAGAGAACUGGUGUACACCUCGAGGGAAUCGUCUCCCACGCGUCGUUUAAACACACUCCCGUCUUCCUCUUCUCCCUCUGGUUCUCCGUCGCGCUCCCAGUCCCGUCUUUCUUACACUGGUGGGCGUCCGUCCUCUUACGCGGGUCCCCAUCAAUCGCCACAGCUCCACCCCUAUCAGCACCAACACCACACCCACCAAGGAGGCCACGCCCCCCAGCAGGCCCACCCUGCAUUUUGCUCCUCCCCAAGUGCAAUUCUGGAACGACGUGAUGUGAAACCGGAUGAGGAAAUUACAUCAUCAUCGAAGAGCAUGGUGUUGCUAAAAAACGAAGCGAUAUACGCAGACCCGUACACGCUGGUCCAGGAUCCUCGGCUCAGCGUGGCCUCACAGCAAGCUUUGGCUUACCGCCGUGGAUCUGUACGCUCGAUUGGUGGAUACCCUGCCGCGGCAUUACAGUGUGAGCUCGAGGGCGCCCUCUACAGGGCUGGUGGUCCCAUAUACGCAGAUCCAUAUGCCACUAUGGGUUUCCGCACCCUACCUCCAGCCUCGCCUCAAAAACUGUCUGAUGGCAGGGAUCCGUACGGGAGUCACCCAGGACGAGGGUCCCCUGGGAGGCAUGGGUUUCGUAAAGAUGGCACUGUGUACAUAGAGAGCCCCAAGAAUCGUCCAGGAGGACCCCCUCUAGAGCAGAUAUGUAUGCUUGGGGGCCCCGGAGGAGACGGAGGGCCGAUGCCAGUGUACGGUUCAACAUUACCUGGAAACGAGGAAACCAGAGAUCGUAUGGAGGCCAUGGAGAAGCAGAUAGCCAGUCUAACCGGACUGGUUCAGAGUGUUUUGACCCGUGGACCAGACAGCCCUGAGAAGGCAGAAACAGCAAGCGACUGCUCUGCACCAGAGACUGGAAGGUUUAGAAAGAAAAAAGUGUCAUCACCGUCUGCGCCUCUGGCCCUGAUGCCCCCCCCGCCCACUGGAGUCUGUCAGCCAAUAGCAAUGUCCCGUUCACAGAUGCAGCUGCACCUUACUGACCUGCAGCAACACACAUUUGAACUGCGCAAACAGCUCACACAACUACGACAAUUACAGCUGCAAAACCAGGAUUCAGUUCAGGCGUUACUGAGGCAGACAGAGUCUGAUUUGGGAAUGUGUCUGAUCGAGGCAUCUCGGACACAAGAAGAUCCAUUACAGCGUCAGCGACUUCUUGUUGAAGAAGAGAGGCUACGUUAUCUUAAUGAAGAAGAACUUAUUAUACAACAGCUACACGAUCUGGAGCGCUCUGUGGAGGAGAUGAGGAUGGGGGCGGGGCUUAACCAUCAUCUGGUGACAGAACAGGAAAUAGAACAGAAGAGUCUGGAACUCAGGAGACUGGGAGAGACCGUCACUGACCUCAAGAAUCAAUUCCCCAAUUUACAAAGUAAGAUGCGUGUGGUGUUGAGGGUGGAGGUGGAGGCCGUCAAGUUUCUGAAAGAGGAACCGCUCAGACUGGAGGCCCUGUUGAAACGCUGCAGAAAUAUCACCAACACCCUAACCCUUCUACGAAGGCAGGUAUCAGAAGGUGUGUGGAGGACACCCGAUGACUUCAGUAGUUCAGUUUCCAGCGCGAGUGAUGCUGACUUCAGCAGGAGCUCUGAUCUAGAUCUUCUCAACAGCCCCUCUCUAAAUCUGCCCGACCUAGGGUGCACCUUAUCAGGCACUGCCACUCUGACCGCCUCCAUGGGCACUAAUACAUCAAACCCUGGUCUAACGAGUGCCUCUAGUAUAGGUACCUCAAGUCUUUCUAACGUGCUGGGCUCCGGCGUUGGUGCCAGUCUGAGCAGCAGUGGUAUUCCUGGCAGCACCACGUUGGGAAACUGGCUGGCAGGGGCCGGGGCAACAGAUCCCCUCAUGCCUGAACUGGACGGCACUUCCACUGGGGCGAUAAAGACCAGCGGCCUGGAAGAUCUGCCCAUACGCAGAGAAUCUGAUAAAGGAGUGUCCGUGGAGGUCCGACUGGCUGCGGAGCGAGACUGGGAGGAGAAGAGAGCCAGUUUGACUCAGUUCAGCGCUCAGGACAUCAACCGUCUACUGGAGGAAACUCAAGCUGAGCUGAUGAAGGCCAUUCCAGAUCUGGACUUCGCUGCCAAGCAGAUCACCAAACCGGCCGUCCCGCCAAAACCCCAACUAUCCUCCCUCCCAGCGCCCGGUUCAGCAUCCUCCACCCCCAGUUUAACACCUGAACAUCAGCCCAUCAAAAUCCCACCAAAACCACCCAGCAAAGACGGCAUCCCACGCAGGGGAUCGGGGGAGCUGACCGUGCCACGGUAUCGUACAGACAAGCCGUCCAAGUCUCCGCCUCCUCCUCCUCCGCGACGAAGUUUCCCAUCAGGCCUUGGGCUAACUACCAACAGCAGCGGAGAAGUGAUCACCAUAAACAAGAGUGUGAAGAAGAUCGAGAACAGAGAGGAGGCUGAAGUACCGACCCAAUCCCAGACGCCACCCGUCAAACUGAGACGCCCAUCGACCUCGGACGGGCCCCGACCUUCAUCCACACCUCCGGUCAUCGCCGCUUCUGGGAGGAAAGAGGAUGAGGAUGAAGAUGAGAAGAUAAUGGCAGAGCUGGAGGCGUUUCAGAGAGCCCCAGUGAGACUGAGGGUCACUGCUCAGGCCAAAACCCCUGCCGAGGUCACUCCUAACAGUGUUGACAGGGCAGGCCAGUGGAUCAGCAACUCUCUGUGGAGAGAGCCUGUAGGCACUCCUCCGGGCUCGGGGAAACUGGUUCAGUCGUCUGCAGCGUCUCGUCUUCGACACCUACAGCAGAGCAGUCUGGAGCGCAGGAGCAGAAAACAGGAGGAAUUCCCUAAACUACAGCAGGGUCAGCAGCAGGUGAACGCUUCAUGGCGACGAUGACCCUAGAAACCAGGGGACGCACAGGUGACCUCUGAGCCUAAAUCACACAUGGAAGUAAAGCAUCUCCUCCGCUAAAGCAAGCACAACACAUCAGUACUGAAGAGCUUUGACCAAGGUACGAGUCUAAUUGUAAUUUUAUAGUAAAAAAAAAGCUGGUCGUAUGGUUACAAAUAAGAGCCAGUAUAUGUACACUGAAUAAACAAUAUAAACUAUAUGGUAUACUAAACAUGAAGCAGUUACAAUCCACUAAUGUAAACAAACUUAAUACAGUAAUAUACAGUAAUCGUGAAACAUUUUAGGGUGAAUCUCAUGAAAACAUGCCCAUAUCGUAUUUGAUCCCAAAACU